AUGAGGCACUUGAGGCAUCUAUUUUUGGGAUUACUUCAUGAGAGCGUUGGAGGUGAAAAAUUGAAAUUGGAAGGGGUGAAUGAGUUGGAGAUGAUAACUGGGUUCAACAGUUUGGUUGAUGACAUCACUCAUCUUCUUAAAUUGCCGAAGCUCCGAGUAUUGGAAGGAAGAAUUUUUUAUGAAGAAUGUUUGUCAAUGAUUGUUGAUCACAUCUUAAAUCAUCAAGAACAAUUUCGCGACGUAAACCUUAAUAUUUACAUGGGUGUUAAUAUGGAUUCGGAAGAUGGCUCAACUCUUCUCAAAAGAAUUGCAGCUUGGGAUACAAGGAUUGAGGAAGACCCAAUGAAAACACUAGAUAAGCUUCCCAUGUUAAGAGUUGUUCGCUUAAGGCGCAAUCCAUAUGUGGGCAGAGAGAUGGUUUGUGAGGCAACUGGAUUUCCUCAACUCAGAGGCUUUCCUUGA